AUUCGUACAAGCAGCAACUGACGAUAUUUUAUAAUAUUUAAAAAAUAGUCGCGGAAGCCGGCCAUUGCUGCCGAUCAAUGACGAGAGUAUUCAUAUAAUUUCUCGAGACAUAUUGUACAUGUUAAACUCGAAAGAAGAGAUGAACAGCCUCCUCUUGGUUCGAGGAUCAUCCUAGGCUCCCAUCUCCGAAUCGUUCGCCACUACGUGAGACGGCCCGCGAUGCAGAAGCGUCGAUCAGACGCGGCGGGACGACGUGCAAGGCACGAGGGUGGCCGAUACAUGACGCUGCGCAGAAUCCUAUCGGCUAUGGUGUAGACUCUAUGAGUUAGUCGAGCCGUAUUUAAUUGUGCACCAGUGUGAAAAGGGACCUUGGAAAGAAUGCCGUCGAUAGCACGCACGGUCUCGCCCUCGAUAAUCGUUCUCCUAAUAUUCGAAUGUUACUCGGGGGCCCGCGGCACCUCGAUAAGGUCCUUGGACGUGCCGCUCGCCGUGCGCAACGGCACCGGACCGGUGGAUUUGAUCUGCGCCUACGAGAUUGACGAGGACGAGAACGGACUUGUAAUCAAAUGGUUUCACGAAGCGUAUCAGAUCUAUCAGUGGAUCCCACCAAUACCGCCGCAAGAUAUCGGAAUCAUCGAAGGACUCGCGGAAUAUCCAGUUGAAAAUCUGAAGGAUCCGUAUUCGCGUUCGGUGAUACGAUUGAAGACCGUCACGAUAGACAUGACGGGGGAGUUCACGUGCGCGAUCAGCACGUUCCAGGACGAGGCGAGCAACUCGACGAGGAUGAUCGUUUAUGUGCCGGAAAGCGACAUGACGGUGCGCAUCUACCCCUUCAACGAGACCCACGUGAAUUUAACGUGCGUGGUCAUGGGCGCGCGACCACGGCCGUCGUUGAAGCUCUACGUCGAGGGCAUCGAGAGCGACGAUCGCGGGGGCGAUCGGGGAUCCACGGCGGACUGGUACAAGGGUGACCCACGAACGUCGCUGGACGUCGUCGUCGAGGACACGCUAGAUCCCGCCGUGGUCGAGUGCGAGAUGUCGAUUCCCGAAACGGAGUACAAGCGCCGGGAGCGGAUCGUCUACUACCCCACGCAAUUACUACCCUAUCGCACAAAUGUUUCACAAGGGAGGCAUUACGCGAUGUUGCUUGUCGAUGUCCUUUAUAUUAUCAUUCUUAGAUUAAUAUUCACAUAGUACUAAAGUAGACUGGUUUAAUAAAUUGUGCUCCGGAGAAAUAAACCGGUAUUUAAUGUACUUUAAUUUUGAAGCUCGAGCAUCGACCCUUUUAGUUCUGAAAAAAAAGAACAAAUAAAAGCACUUUAACUUAAA